GCCAGCGAACGGGGAAGAGAACCACCAACAUGUUCAAGACCAGUUACAUGCGCGAAGUGCGCAAGGACAAGUACGAGCGCUCCGAUGUCUUCGAGGAGGAGGAACCAGCGGGCGACGAGUCCUCCGCCGGGGCCUCGGCCAUCCAGGGCUGGGAGAGCCUCCAGGAACUCAACGGCCGUUUCGCCCGGUACAUCAACCGGGCUCGCGUGUUGGAGCAGCGCAACGCCGUGUUCCGCAAGCAGCUGGAGACCCUGCAGCGCAUGGAGGAGGUGAGCGGGCUCGAGGAGGCCUUCACGGAGCAGAUCGACGUCAACCGCCAGCGCAUCCGCGAGCUGUCCUCCGAGCACGCCAAGUUGGAGCGCGAGCUGAAGGAUGCGUGCCGCAUGCUGGAUGAGUACACGAGCAAAUACAGGAAUGAAUGCGAGUAUCAAGAACAGCUCAGGAGCACUCUGGAACAGCUUAAUAGGGAGGCGGAUCAGGCUCUGCUGGGUAACCUGGAACAUCAGAUCCAGAAUCAGUUCCUUCAGGAUGACAUUCUGUCCACCAGAGACAGGCACAAGAAGAACCUGGCGGAGAUCCAGACGUACGUGAACAUACUGCACCAGAUCAACCAGACCGCCCCCCUGCUGCAGAACAUGUCAAUGGGCAUCUCCGAGGACCAGGAGAGGCUGCUGACCCAGAGGAGGGUCCCGGAGCUUCAGAGCCAGCUGGAGGAGUACAAGAGCGCCAUCUGCCAGCUGCAGAUGCAGAAGCAACGCCUACAGACAGAGACGGGGUCACUGGAACAGGCCAUCAAGAGCACACAGGACGGCUACGACGACGAGAUCCAGGCCUACAACGACCAGAUCGAGGCGCUGCGCAAGACCAUCGAGGAGGCGGAGCGUUCCCUGGAGCGCUACACCAGCGAGUGUCGCCACCUGGCCAUGUACCAGACGUCCCUGGAGAACGAGCUGGAACGCUACAAGAGGAUCAUCGAGAACGAGGACAACCGGUUGAACUCAGCGAUAAUUGGCACACCCAUUACCCUGUUCACCACUAAUUGUUGCAACCCGCACGCACCUACCGCGCCCAGCCGAGGGAGAGACCUCACCCAGGCCAUCCAGGACAUCACCACCAUCAAGCCCCGCCAGAAGAACCUGGCCAAGAAGGUGCAGAAGAAGAAGGAGCUCGGCCCAAGAGACGUGACCGACUGUUCCCAGGACGACUGUCCCGUUGGCCCCUCCCACGGAGACGCCGCCGGGGGGGAGGAUGAGGUGGUGAGGAGGACGGAGCAGAGCACCGGCUCCGUGCCAGGGGCACGGGUCCCCCCCCAGGACGUCCCCGACGGCGCCCAGCUCAGCAAGGCGUUCGACACGCUCUGCAACAUCGUGCGCGACCGGAUGAGGAAGUACCGCAGGCCUGAGCCCAUCGCCGACUUCUACACCAAGGGUCGCUACGUCCUGGUGACGGGGGACGCCAGCUACAUGGACCCCUGCUUCUGCACCUCCUCCCCCUCCGGCGGCCACGUCUUUAUCACCGCCGGGGACGGGAUGUUCAUGCCCCCCUACGACCCACCCUACGGGCCCGGUGGACCCGCCUAUCCCCAGCCUCCACCCCCGCCCAUGCCCAUGCCCAUGCCCGGCCCCAGCGACCCCACUCUGCCCUCUGGUGGCGGCGAUAGGAAGGGCGACGACGGCGGCAAGGGAAAGGACGGAGGAGGUGGAGGUAAUGGUGGUGGCGGUAGAGGCAAGGGUAGAAACGGAGACCCAAAGGCCAAGGACCCCGAGCCAUCUCCAGCCCCUGGCCCCGGCCCCGGCCCCGGCCCCGGCCCCGCUCCUCGCCCAGCCGGCCCCUACCCUUCCCCGGGGGAUACCCUCCCGACCGGGCCUAGGGGCCGCCGUCCCACGCCCGGCAGCCCUCCCACCCGCAGCUACCACCCGGACACCCUGAGCUACGAGAAGGUGGAGGUGCUGGAGACGGUGGAGAGGCUGUCCAGCGACAACAAGGUGAAGGGUUACGAGGAGACGGCCCUGGUGGUGGAGACCACCGUCGAGAAGAUCAGCAAGAAGAAACCCAGAACCUGA